ACUAGUUUUGACAAGUUUUGUUGAUUUUUUCACUAUUUUUUUGUAGGAUAUCUAGUUUUCCAAAAAAAUCAAGCCCUAAUAGUUUUUUUUUUUCUUUUUAAACUUUGAAUGAUGUCUAAAUUUUUUUCAACUAAUUUAGAUAGUUUGCUAAAUUGUUUAACUAAAAUGUAAACUUCUUGUUUUUCACUUUGUAUGUGUUGGUUAACUAAGCAUUAAUUAUGGCAAGUUCUGAUUGGCCACAAGAACCAUGCCCAUCUGGAUAUAUAGGCACCCGUCCUAAAGGUGCCUAUAGGGGACCGGAUCCUGGGACAGUUAUUUGCAUAAAGUGUGAAAAAAUACUUCAUGGGGGCAUCAACCGUCUCAAAUACCACCUUGCAGGCAUAGACGAACAUGAUGCUAGAGAAUGCAUAGGGACCAAUCUUGAAAUAAAAGACAAAUGAAUGCCCUACUUGUAGUUGGGGAAGAGAAGAAAUUGCAAAGGGAGAGGGCAAAGCUAGCCAUGAGAUCAGCCAUAGCUGAAUGUCAAGGUGCUUCUAUCGACAUUGAAGAAGAACAAGAAGCUUUUGAGGGCAUAGUGGGCUCUCGGCGUGGCCCACGUAUCCGCAAACCCACCACCACCUCGCCCAUCGCUUUUGCUUCCUCUAGUAAAGUACUUGACAUUGACAAUGGCACUGUUGCAUCACGAUCAAGGUCCAUAGGUGAUUAUUUUGUGCCCAAGAACACACCUGGAGCACAACCAUCAUUAGAGGCCACUAGAUGGAAUAGGGAGGGACAUGAAAAAGUUGACAUUGCAUGUGCUGAUUUUUGGUACUUCAACAACAUUCCAUUCAAUGUGGCAAACAAUCCUUUUUGGAUGAAUUUGGUGACCGCAAUGACAGUUGUAGGAAAGGGGUACAAGGCCCCUUCUCACAAGGAUUUGAGUGGGAGGUUGCUCACAAAUGCAGUUGCUAGGGCAAGAGAAGUGGUGGAGGAAUAAAAAAUUGAAUGGGCAAAAUAUGGCCGCACCAUUCUUUUUGAUGGGUGGAUAGAUGGCAAGAACUGCACCAUCAUUAAUUUUUUGGUUGCUUGCAAGGAAAAUGUAGUGUUCUUGAAAUCGGUUGAUGCCUUUAGCAAGGUGAAAAAUGGAGAAACAUUGGCUGGAAUGUUGGAGCACGUUGUCAUGGAGGUGGGAGUAGAGAAUGUGGUGCAAAUCAUCACAGAUAAUGCAGCAACAUAUGUGUCAGCAGGUAGAAUCCUCCAAGAGAGGCACCCCACUCUUUUUUGGACACUUUGUGCAGCACAUGUCCUUGACCUUCUUUUGGAGGACAUAGGAAAACUUGAGUGGGUGACUCUAGUUGUGGAAGAUGCAAGAGGAUCACCAAAUAUAUUUACAAUCAUCCUUGGGUUCUAAAUUUGAUGAGAGAGCACACCGAAGGGAAAGAUUUGGUGAGAGUUGGUGUCACAAGGUUUGCAAUGAUUUUCUUAACGUUGCAAAGCCUUCUUGCUGUAUUGACUUCUUUGAAACAAAUGUUUGUGAGUGGAGCAUGGCUAAACUCACUAUAUUCAAAGAAGCUUGAAGGAGAGGCUGUCGCAUGCAUAGUCUUCGACAACCAAUUUGCACAAAGGGCUGUAGAGAUUGUGAAGGUGUUGGAGCCCUUGGUUAGAGUUCUCCGCUUGGUGGAUGAGGAUAAAAACCCCAAUGGGGUAUAUUUAUGAGGCCAUGGAUAGGGCCAAGGAGUCUAUCAAAAAUUUCUACAAGGGGGAUAGACUCAAAUUUGAUCCCAUUUGGGAAAUUAUUGAUAGGAGGUGGAACAACCAGCUCCAACAACCCAUUCAUGCAACAGGGUACUUCCUUAACCCUCGUUUUAGGUUCAGGGGUUCUUACUCAGAUCUUAAUAGAGAGGUUAUGGAGGGCCUCAAUACAUGCAUUGAGAGGAUGGUACCCGAUGUUGAGGAGAGAGACCUCAUUGUGGGCGAACUCCAAAAUUAUGAGGAAGCAAGGAGUAAGCUAUUCUCUUCAGAGUUGGCUAGGAGAGGAAGAACCACUGAAACCCCAGAUGCUUGGUGUCAAAAUUGGGGUGGAAACACCUCACAUCUCAAAGUAUUUGCCCUCAGAGUCUUAUGUCAGCCUUGUAGUUCAUCCAAUUGUGAGCGCAAUUGGAGCUUGUUUGAAGCAAUCCACAUGAAGAAGAGGAGCAAGUUAGUGCAGAAACGCCUCAAUGACCUUGUCUUCGUGCAAUAUAAUCUUCGAUUGCGCGUAAGGAAGGUGGAGGAAGUAGAAGGUGGUCCAAUUGACUUGGAUGAUAUAGAUCCUUACAGUGAUUGGACACCACAGGAGCAGUAUCCAUUGUUUUCCGAGGAUGACAUCAUUGAUUUCAAGAGGCAGGCUAUGGAGGAGGGGCAUGGAUUUGGUUUUCACGCUGGAUGACAUCGAGGAAGAAGAGGAUGAGGAUGAGGAUGAGGUGUCAUUGCCAGUGCCACAAGAAGGUGGAGACAUAGCUUCAGCCAGGAUUGAGGAUGAGCCAGCCAUACCGAGCGAGGAGGCACAGUCAUGUGACUCACGCCCACUGCAGACUUCUAGGACUAGACCCUCUAGUUCUACCUCUCCCCUAGUUUUUGCUAGAGCUGGGAAGAGGAAGUUGUAAUUGUAAUGAUGUAUUUACUUUUGGUUUUACAAAAACUAUUUACUAUUUUGCUUCCAGGCUUCCAGCCAUCAGCAUUCCUCAUGAGGAUGCG